AUGGGUGGAUGCGAUGCUAGAUACUCAUUUAACUUGACAGCUUGCGUUCCACAACCAGUAUGUCAAAGUGGGAAGUACGAGCUCAAGUCAGAAGAUAUGGAACUGACAGAUAAAUACCUAGGAAGUACAAAUGAUACACUAUGGACUUAUACUGGAAAUGUUUUGGAUUAUAAUGGUACCGUUCUUUUGGCAAUGCCUCAAAAUUCGACUGGAACAGUUGUGUCUUCAACAUUUUAUGUCUGGUACGGAAAGGUGAGCACAAGAUUCAAGAGUUCACAUAAUGCAGGAGUGGUCUCAUCCAGCAUCUUAUAUUCCAACGUGGAAGAUGAGAUUGAUGUCGAAUUUAUUGGUUCUGCAUUAAAGCAACCGGAAUCGAACUUUUACUAUCAGGGUGUUUUAAACUAUACGAAUGAAGCUAAUUUGUCAGCUUCAAACACGUACGAAAAUUGGCAUACCUACGAAGUGGAUUGGAAAGAGGAAAACAUAACUUGGUCAAUAGAUGGAAUUCAACAAAGAGUGCUUCAAAAGGAUGAUACAUACAAUGCUACCACAAAGCAAUUCAUGUUUCCCCAAACCCCUAGUAGGAUUCAGUUGUCCAUAUGGGCAGGAGGAGAUUCUUCCAAUUCACAAGGUGUUAUAGACUGGGCUGGGGGAGAAAUCGACUGGGAUGCUUCAGAUUUUGAUGAUCCUGGAUAUUUAUAUGCCGCUGUGGAUUAUAUUGAAGUCGAGUGCUACGAUCCACCAUCAGGAACAAAAAUUAAUGGUAACACUUCUUAUAUUUAUACAAGCAAAAAGAAUUUCACGCAGAGCAGUAUUAUGAUAACUGACAAUGAAACAAUAUUAGACAAUUUGGGUGAAACGGGGUGGGAUAUAGCAAAUAUGGGCAAUAGUGGUGUUGAUGAAAAUAAUGGAACUAGCAGCUCAAUUAAGAGCAAUGUUAGCCAAAGUACUUCAACUCAUUCAAACUAUCCAAGCUCUAGCUUACCAGCAGGUUAUUCUACUGAAUUUUUCCAAAAUAUCAAUUCAUUAUCUUCUGAUUUGUCUUCAAAUGCCGGUGCACCUCAAGCUAUACCACAUUUAGGAUUAAUCAUCUGGCUAAUUUUAUCGUCACUCUGA